CAAAAAUGGAAAGGAAGAACUAUCCGGUAGGAUCCGAAAAUUAUCAUCUGGUUGAAGAAAUAGGUCGUGGAUCCAGUUCUACUGUUUUCCGUGCAAUUUGCAAACCUCUUCAUGAAACUGUUGCAAUUAAGAUCCUGUAUCUCGACCAAAAUGAUUUAGGUAGCAUCGCUUAUGAAGCACAAACCAUGAUGCUGGUUGACCAUCCAAACCUUCAAAAGGCGCAUUGUUCGUUCGUUUCGGAUCAUUAUCUGUGGAUAGUUAUGCCGUUCAUGGCCGCUGGUUGUUGUCUCCGUAUAAUGAAGUCCGAUUUUCCAAAUGGAUAUGAGGAGGCCGUGAUCGCUACUAUCUUACGCGGUGUUUUGAGAGGAUUGGAGUACAUGCACCAUCACGGAGACAUACAUCGAGAUGUCAAAGCUGGAAAUAUUCUAGUCGAUUCGGAUGGUGCAAUAAAGCUUUCAGAUUUUGGUGUUUCUGCAAGCCUUUUUGAUGCAGGUGACAGGCAGUGUUCAAGAAAUGCUUUUGUAGGAACACCAUGCUGGAUGGCACCAGAGGUCAUCAUGGAGCAAAAUUAUGGGUACAAGGCUGACAUUUGGUCUUUCGGUAUAACUGCAUUGGAGCUUGCUCAUGGUCAUGCCCCUUCCUCAGAGUUUCUGCCAUCGGAAGUUUUGUAUAGGACAUUACGAGCUGCAUCGCCUGGUCUUGACCACAAGACGGAUAAAAAGUUCUCGAAUUCGUUCAUGAAAAUGAUUGAUAUGUGCUUAAAUAAAGACCCUUGUGAACGUCCUUCUGCGCAACAUUUAUUAAAACAUUCCUUCUUCAAGAAAGCUCGGUCCGGUGACUAUAUUGUACGGAAAAUUUUGACGGGGUUACCUACUGUUGGGGACCGAGCUACGGAGAUAGUAGUAAAGGAAGAAGACCUGGUUGCGAAAAAAAGAAAAAUAUCACAAGAUGAAUACAAUGAAGGGAUCAUUGCUUGGAAUUUCGAAGUUGAAGAUUUAAAGACUUGGUCGUCACAGCAAGUUCUGGAUGGUGAAGCGUCAACCUCUUGCAAAGACCAAGUCGUUGUCCAGCAAAGAGGACGGUUCACGGUGGUGAUCGAGAUAGAUGAGCACAAUGCACAAUGCCAGAAACUAGGAAAGAAGAAGUGCUCAUUGAAUCGCAAUGACAAGUAGUAGGCAAUGUUUUUUAUGUCAUGGUACUUGGUUAAUUGAUUGAAUUUUGAUUUGUUUCCGACCUAUGCUGAAUUUGUAUGCAAUAAAUAUUCAUAAAACAGAUCAGAGA